GGAAGCAGGGUUUUCUUGCAAAGAAAGACACAUAAACAAGAAAAAAGGUAGAGAUUUAUUUUGAGGGAGGGGGUUACUGUCAUCAGCCCUGCCUUCUGCACGUGCUCAUCUCUGCACACUACUGUGUUCCCAGAUGGAGAGGAUGCAAGGAGAGGGAGAGGGGGACCACCUGGAACAACCAAGCCCACUGACAGAGAAGGAGAAGGUGAUGAUCCAGGACUCCUGGGCAAAAGUCUACCAGAACUGUGAUGACGCUGGGGUGGCCAUUCUUGUCAGGCUGUUUGUGAACUUUCCCUCAUCCAAGCAGUUCUUCAGCCAGUUCAAGCACAUCGAGGAGCCAGAGGAACUGGAGCGGAGCGCCCAGCUUAGGAAGCAUGCUCACAGAGUCAUGAAUGCCCUCAAUACACUGGUGGAGAGCCUUGACAACUCAGACAAGGUGGCCUCAGUGCUGAAGCUGGUGGGCAAGGCCCACGCACUCCGACACAAGGUGGAGCCUGUGUACUUUAAGAUCCUGAGUGGUGUGAUACUGGAGGUCCUCGGAGAAGCGUUUUCAGAGGUGGUGACACCAGAGGUGGCCGCUGCAUGGACCAAACUCUUGGCUACGGUCUGCUGUGGCAUCACAGCUGUCUAUGAGGAAGUGGGCUGGACUAAGCUCUCAACAUCAACUGGGUGAAGCUCUUUGUCUGGGUUUUUUGGACCAUGAACUCCCAAAGACUUCUAAUGUUUGGGCCCAUGGCCUCGUAAGAGAGGGAUUAAUUCACUGUACUGACCUUUAAAGGGAAGAAAUGUAUCUGGGGACAUUUAUACAGUUUAUUGUAAUCUAAGAUAAUCAUGGACUAUGGGAGUGUGUGUGUGUGUGUGUGGGUGUGUGUGUGUGUGAGAGAGAGAGAGAGAGACAGAGAGAGAGAAAGAGAGGGAGAGUAGAUGUAAAAUUAUAAAGCUCUCCUCUGUGUUUUUAUACUUGUGUAAAGGACCAAACAAUUUAAAGGUAUAUUAUGCAGGAUUUUGGGAAAAAAAUAUGUACAGACUCAAAAAUAAUCCCUCUCAAUCAUCACAUAUGACGCCAUAGAAGUGUGUGGCGGUGUCUGUAUCAGCAUAGAGCCUGCCAUCUGUCUUUGUUUUCUCUUUUCUU